GUCACCUUUCCAAGGUAACAAAGUCUAGGUAAGAAGAUAUCACGUGGUAAUGAAAUAUGACAGGGGUAUCAUCCCCAACCCUCAGCCUUGCCAACGCAAGGCGCCUGCCCAGGGGAGAACGAGACUCCAGAAAUCUCCAAGUGUCAUCAGCCCAGUGAGCGCCAACCCAAGAAACUCCAACCAUACCCUCCAAAUUCUCAUCGCAACCUCUCGGUCGUUCCCUCGAGCAUUCAAUCUGUUCGUUGCCUGUUUUCCCCGCCGUGAACUCGCCAUGAGUCGGUAGCAGCGCAACGACUAGAAAGAAACGUUGUGGUGUCCAUACGAUUACUCGUAUCGUAGUGCAGUCCGCCAACUCAAAUAGCCCGCUGUCAGAAAUUCUAAGAUGUUUGACGGUCUAUUUUUACUGCUCGUGCUGAGCGUGGUGAUGGCGUUAUCGUAGGACAAUUCUCCAAAACCAGCAGACAUGCGCCGAAGCUUAACUAAUGCCAUCUGUAGCUCAUUCCUAGCCGGCGCUCUACCUCUAUCCAUGACUUUGUCUUCAUCACAACUUCGAUUGAUCUCAACAAUAGGUAUGGGAGUGCUUGUUGGCACAUCAUUGAUAGUUAUUAUACCCGAAGGCAUUGAAGCAGUUUAUACCGCGGGCGAAGCAGGAAACUCGCAUGCGCGAAGGGGUUUGCAACAAAGGGAUGCGGUCGCUUGGCCAGUGAAAGCUGGAAUUGCGCCAAUGCUUAUUGAGAAGAGAACCCGAGGUGCUAUACGGCGAGACGCUGGUGUUUUAGACGAACAUUUGAGUGUGAUGAUUGAGAGGGAUAUUGUUGGGAAGGAUACCACGACACCUACAUCCCCUCCAGCAGAGAAGGGAAGCACUCCGCCAGCAGAUAAAUCUCACCCAGGAGAAAAGGCCAAAGAGCAAUAUCCCCACGAGGCAGAGAAAGAGCCCCCAACAUUUUAUGUUGGACUAUCGUUGAUAUUGGGAUUCAUUCUAAUGUUCCUCAUUGAUAAACUUCCAAAACACGCCUCAGAGAAUUUACAAACUCCACACGCAGCAAGAGAAAUUAAUCUCCAAAACUUAAGUAGGACAUCUUCUUCUGAUGUUGACGAAGAGUCGGAAAGUUUUCUACAAUCCAUGGCCCCGACACCAAAACAGACACGGAGUUUAGCCACCACUACGGGCCUCGUAAUUCAUGCUGCUGCAGACGGCAUUGCAAUGGGAGCUUCAACGUCAUCAUCAAAUCAGAAAUUGGGACUAAUUAUUUUCGUUGCAAUUAUGAUACACAAAGCCCCCGCUGCUUUUGGAUUGACCUCUGUCCUAUUGAAACAAGGCCUUUCUAAGCGUGCUGCUCGAGGGCACUUGAUCCUCUUCAGCUUAGCAGCUCCGUUUGGGGCUCUCUCGACAUGGUUGUUAGUCAACAUUAUGGGAGGUAAUCACGUCGAGGGAGAAAGAGGACAGUGGUGGACCGGCAUGCUACUUUUGUUCAGUGCAGGUACAUUCUUGUAUGUGUCCCAUAAAGCUCGCUUCACUCGAAUCUUACUAAUCAUCCGCAGAUAUGUGGCCAUGCACGCAAUGCAAGAAGACUCGGGACAAGAACAUCAACAUUCCACAAGUAACGGAUACUCAGACGGAGGGAGUUCCCAGAGGAACAAACCAAAGCCCCAAAUGAGGGACACAUUUGCAGCUGUAGGUGGAAUGUUGAUUCCACUGCUUACACAAAUUGGACAUCAUCAUUAGAUGUAUGUUGAUUACGUUGUGUUGUUUUUGAAACCAUGUAAAACCAUACGUGUAGCGUGCGUGACAGGCAAUUUGACUGAUUUUAUUUGGGCACGCUUGUCGUCGGCGUUCUAUUUUUUUCUUGUUAUAAAAGAUAUUUCGCGCCUUGGUUCUCUUUUGCUGGAGCUGUGGAAUCAUGAUUAUGGAUUUGUAAGAUUUAUGGGCUUGGGCAUGGAUGGUGGAGAUAGAGAGGAAGACCCGAAGACGGGGAUGAGAGAUAUACAUAUCAUUACAAGAACGAAUUCG